CUGGUGGAUUAUUUGACUUUCCCAGUCAUGGUUCUUGAUAGUGAUAUAAUGCAGAGAGCUCCUCUCCUCUACCCAUCUAUAACAUGGCCUAGGUAGAGCAGGCGUGCUCUCUGGGAUAGGACAGAUGGGUGGGGGAAGAGGUGUAAUACGGUCAUCACCAGCUCCUCCCUGUACCUCGCUAAGCACCGUGUGGCAACCUCACAUUUGAUCUCUAAGCACGCACAGGCAGACGGUGAGAUUUGCGUUCGCUGAUAAUUCCCUGGCUUCGGACUUCACCCUCAUCGACAGGACGAACACAGCGGUAAACAUUCGAUUUGGUUUUCCUUUACUUUCCCUCACUUUUCGAACGUUUAGAUGCGCCUUUUUAACCGUUGACUUGACUGAACGCCAGACUGGAAUCCCCCCUGGCUCGCAUCUUCAAACGAGGAACUAUUAUGAGGAAACCUUUGGGGACUCCAGACCCUGUCAGGUUCCGAGGCGCCUGCAGUUUUAUUUAAAAGCAAACAGCUGCACCAUGUGCACAGGGCCCUAGGCCUGCAGGCACGACUGUUGGAGUCACACAAGCUCUCCCCUCUCCCCCAUCAUGGUUCUUCGCGCCCGCACAGACAUGGCCCAGUGUGAGGCUCACUGGGACCCCCGGAAAAGGAGGAGUCAUUGGCUUCACAUGCGCAGAAAACUCCGGCCGUCUCGCCUCAUUGGAUUCGUCCUGACUUUGGUAGCGCUGUGCGUGCUCUUCUCUUGGAGUGCCUUGAAGUGGACGGUAGUGCCCUCUUACCAGAGCUGGUUUUUUGGUUCCUCCUCGUCCUCCUCUUCCUCCUCCUUGUCUGAUGCCAGCCUGUUGUUGGAGACAGCGCCACACAGAACCCUGCUCUCCAGUGAGCAGCACGCCAACGCCACUGCCUCCCCUGACGACCAUCCCAUUGCCAUGAGGUCGUCAGAAGAAGGUGGAGACUACCCCACGGACUUGUUCAGCCUGGAGGAAAGGAGGCAAGGCUGGGUGGCGCUGCAUAUGUUUGGGAUGUUGUAUAUGUUCAUCGCCUUAGCUAUCGUGUGCGACGAGUUUUUCGUGCCAGCGCUGACUGUCAUCACGGAGAAGCUGGAGAUCUCCGACGAUGUGGCCGGGGCCACCUUCAUGGCAGCUGGUGGGUCCGCUCCAGAGCUAUUCACCUCCGUCAUCGGGGUCUUCGUCUCCCACAGCAACGUGGGCAUCGGCACCAUCGUGGGCUCGGCCGUCUUCAACAUCCUGUUUGUCAUCGGGAUGUGUGCCAUCUUCUCCAGGGAGAUCCUCAACCUCACCUGGUGGCCCCUUUUUCGGGAUGUGUCCUUUUACAUUAUAGGCCUGAUCAUGCUCAUUGUGUUCUUCCUGGAUAACUACAUCUCCUAUUUUGAAAGCAUCGGCCUCCUCAUGUGCUACGUUUCCUAUGUGACCUUUAUGAAGUUCAACGCUACAGUUGAAGUUAAGGUCAAGAGCUUGAUGGGCCAGAACCAGGUGGAUGAGCUGGACUCUGCUCCCAAGGCAGAACCCGAUCCUGAUGAAAACAAGUUAUCGGCUAAGCCUCGCCUGCAGAGAGGAGGAAGCUCAGCAUCACUGCACAACACCCUGAUGAGACACAGCAUCUUCCAGCUCAUGAUCCACACGCUGGACCCACUCAGUGAAGACACUGAUUAUUCUACUUUUUCAGGGAGAUUCAAAGAGAAAGUUGUUGCUAUGCGUAAUAUUGCAAAGAAGAAAGGCGAGGAUGAAGCCAAUGGGGACAAAAAUCUCCCAAACAGCUCGAAUGUUGCAGUGGAGGUCACACCACCCAUGAAUGGCAGUGCUGUCGGAGGGGAGGAGGAGGAGGAAGACGAAGAUAAGCCCCUGAGUUUGGCAUGGCCAGAUACCUGCCGCAAGAGAGUGACAUACCUCCUCAUCUUCCCUAUUGUCUUCCCUCUAUGGCUCACCUUGCCUGACGUCAGGAGAGAUUCUGCAAAGCCGUUCUUCCCUAUCACCUUCAUUGGGUCCAUCAGUUGGAUUGCAGCUUUCUCCUAUCUGAUGGUGUGGUGGGCUCACCAGGUUGGAGAGACCUUUUAUAUUACAGAAGAGAUAAUGGGAUUGACUAUAUUAGCAGCUGGCACCUCAAUCCCUGACCUAAUCACCAGUGUCAUAGUUGCUCGCAAAGGUCUUGGAGACAUGGCUGUGUCAAGCUCUGUAGGGUCCAACAUAUUCGACAUCACCGUUGGAUUGCCGUUUCCCUGGUUGCUGUUUUCGAUCUUGAACGACUGGAGUGCAGUGUCGGUGAGCAGUGCCGGGCUCUUCUGUGCCAUCGUCCUGCUCUUCCUCAUGCUGCUGUUCGUCAUCAUCUCCAUCGCCGCCUGCAAGUGGAGGAUGAGCAAGAUUCUGGGCCUCCUCAUGUUCCUGCUCUACUUCGUCUUCCUCAUUGUGUCUGUCAUGCUGGAGGACAAAGUCAUCAGCUGUCCCGUGUCCAUCUGAGCACGAGACCUCUGGCCUCCCCUAGCCUGACCAAGCACGAGACUUCACACAAUUACUCACUCAGUGUUCACGCACAAUGCAUGCGUGGACACCAACAUCUCACUGUGGACGCCACUGCAGAGGUCUUCUACUCUUUUGUACUUAAACACAAAGACACCGCUCUCCUCUUCUACAGCCCCUAACACGGGGUCACAGGUCAUCAGGACACUGAGAGCAGACACCACGCCCAAAUAAAACAUCAGAGGCUAAAACAACACAGCUAUGGGAGUCUACCUAUAAAUGCCCAUAAUGUAGUAUUGUAUCCAGUGAUGCUGGUGGAAUUAUGUCUUCAAAGGAUUUUCAUGAAAGCAAGAAAGAGACUGCUGACUGUGUUUUCCCACCUGAGGACACACUUUGAGAGCAGCUAUGGCAAACCAGCAGGCAGCCCAAAAUGCUGAUUCUGCUGCUGCUGCGGGCGCUGCUGUGAUCUGGGACAAGAAGAGGGCAUAAAAUGACUGAUCUAGUGAUACCAAAAGAAGACAUAAAGAUAUGAGGAGACAAUGCUACAAUAACACGGGAGGUGAUGGCAAUGCACAAACCACAAGGACAAGUGAAUCUAAAGGAGGAGAACGAGUGUGUCUUUGUCUUAGGAGGCAUAUGACAUGUCCUCGGAAACUGUAUAUUAGCGCUGACAAUGCCAGUGAAAGGAAUAUAUUUAUCUAUAAAUGUGUAUUUACUGUCAAUUAUAUUUAUAUUCAUGACACAACCCACUUUGAAGUUGGUAUAUGGUGCACUCCACAGAGGCAUACUGUAUGCAACCAGGAGCCUUCUGUCACAACAAUGAAUGCAAAAUUUCACACUCAGUUUCCGAAGCUUGCAGGAUGACUAAAUUUGCUUCAUGUUAUGGUAUGGUGUUGAUCAGUCACUUGAAUGUAUGUUUGUUUGUUUGUUUGUUUGCUUACAUGUUUAAUUUCUUUGCAUCAACUUUUAAUAUCCAGUAACCAUUGGCCACAAGCCAUAAGAAUAGUAUUUGGGUUUGUAGUUCUAUAUCAAAUUAAGCUACCUGUUGGCACAGACUGUGACCGAAACACACAUACACAUUCACACAAACAUGCACAAAAGUCAACGAGCACACAGAUGAAAAAAAUGUACAUAAUUUCAUAAUAUGAGUUUUUGAUGUAAUAAUAUAUGGCAGUCUAUCCUGUUCACUUUCCAAUUAAGUUUUAUAUCUCUAGACAAAAAUGAAUGAUCAGCACCAACAAAUAUUCCCGAAGGCCGCUCAUAUAUCACUUAUAAUUGUAAAUGUGUAAUUAUGGGUUUUUAGAUUCACAUAUCAAAUGCAUAUGUUUCUUAUAUCACACUGAAAUGACGUGAUUUGUUAAAAAAAAAUGUAGGGAGCACUUUCAGAAUGCACACUUAUGCAUAGAGUAUUUAUUGGUCUCAAGCAGUAUUCUUCAAACACAUCACAGCUUUUGCUAGGCACAGGGAUGGACAAGGCCAAUUUAUAUGGGAUAUGUUUAAUAUGUGUAAAUUGGCCUAUGCAGGACACUUUGCAUGAAAUAUGCUUCUUUUAAAUUGUGCAAUGUGUUUGGGUUCAAUUUCUAUGCAGACUAUUUAAGCUUGCUAUCCAUGAACACAUUCCAUGUUUUUUUGCAGAUCCUUCUGUAAUCAUUUGAGCAACAACCACCAUUGCAGUCAAAUUCUGACCGUUUUAUAGAU